GCACUCGUAUGCUAAAGGGUGAAGGAUGAAGUAGUCGUAUUAUCACAGCACAUGCUACUUCAAUCAUUUCUUCCUUUCUUGGAUUCGCUCGGCUCUCUCAUUCAUUUCUUAAAGCCUCCCUCACUCUCAAAUUUCUAAAAAACCUGUUGAAUUCAAUGGCCUCAGAAACAAAAUCAAAACAAAUAUCAACAAUGCUAAGACAAGGCUUCAUCUCAGAUUCGUAUCUCUACACUUCCAAGAUGUCCCAUUCACCUUCUCCUCCCCAGUCUCCAUUCCGGGUCAGCCCGACCCACAACCCGACCCGUCCCAGCACUACCCUCUUGGAGAUGAUGUCCGCAGAACAGGCUCGCGAUUCCAAGCAACCCCACGAGACUCGCCGGGGUGUUCAAGAAAGGGUGGCCAAGGCAUUGGAGCACGCGCCGUUCAAGAAUCCAGGCGCGUGGGGUUUAGGGUAUGGGGAUGUGAAGCUGACGGUGACGGCGCGUGAUGGGUUUAAGGUGAGUAUGGAUGUGCACAGGAGUGUCUUGUCGGGUCGGAGUAGGUUCUUUGAGGACAAGUUGAUGAGGAGUGGCGCUGCGGCGGUGGUGGAGAUAUGUGAUUGUGAUGAUGUUGAGGUUUAUGUAGAGACUGUUGUGUUGAUGUAUUGUGAGGAUUUGAAGAGGAGGUUAAAUGGUGCCAAUGUCUCCAAAAUCCUCGGUGUUUUGAAGGCUAACUAAUGCUCUGUUUGGUUGGCCUGAAUGGAAUGAGUUUCGGAGAGAAUGGAAUGGUCCAUUCAGCCCAUCAAAAAAUUUUGUUGUUUGGUUGGGCCAAAGGAAUGGAAUGGUCCAUUCUUUAAAUCAUUCCAUUCUGGACCGGCAGUAUACAACCUAUUCUCGAACAAAACAGAGGGACAGCUCCAUUCCAUUCUCUUCUCUGCUCCCGCACAAAAUCAACAUAUACAAAAACUGUCCGUUGUAUCCAUGUCCGGCGAUUCUCAGCGAGCUUCGAACUCUACCGAAUCUGCAAUCAUCAACGAAUAUGUUUCGUUUUCAUUGAUCUACCAUAAUCAACGAUUCUUAACAUUUUCAAACCUCAAUCUAUCUAAAUAAACAGAGAAACCUGAGCCUGUUGAGGAUAAGGAUGCUGAAGGUGGUUCUGUUAACAGAGCCAGAUCUGAACCUGCAUCUUUAGACUGAAUGCGGCUUCAUCUUAAAUUUCUGAUAUUGUUCAGAGUGCUUUAUUCCCUGAUGCUGGCUUGGAAAGUGGACUUGGUCAUGCUGGAGAAGUGGGAGGGCUAGUAAUAGUUCGGAAUCUUGACCUCUUCUUGGAGAAUUUUUGUAUUUUAUUUGUAAAUUAUGAAGGAGAAUUAGUAGUGGCCAAAGUUUGGAUUUUUUUUGUAAAUUUUUAAUAUUUAUUAUAGUUGAUUAAGUUACUACUAAUUUGUGUAAUGAAAUGUGAAGUAUGCUAUUGACAUGAAAUUAAUCCAUUUGUCUAUUUGAUUUAUAAA